AAAAGACGUAAUAUUCAUAGAAAUUGCAAAUAUUAAUAAAACAAAGAUGCCUAUUAUAUUUCAUCCUAUAUACACAUAUUCAAUCUUUGAAGGAGAAAGAAUCAUAGGAUAUAAAGAUCUUAAUAUAAACCUAAAAUUCUGUUGUCAUGAUUUACAGAUAUAUCUAAGAAUCCAAUAUAAAGAUAAAGUAGAAAAAGAAGAGAAUUUAUCAUGUAAAAAUAUAGAGGAAAUCCUUAGAAAAUAUCUUCCAGAAAAUAUUAUGACAGACGAAACAACAUUUUAUUCAUAUUUACAUGAGAAAAGGUCAUUUGUUCCACCAGGAACUAAGAUAUCAUCAUAUAUAUUUAAUAAUUCAAUUUUUGAAGUUUAUAUGGGCUCAAUAAUUGAUCCAGAAAUCGAAAAAAUAGUUAAUAAUAUGCAGAUUUUUUCUCUUUUUUUGAUAGAAGGAGCAUCUUUUAUUGAUAUUGAAGAUUCAAAGUGGAUAAUUUUUUUGUUAUAUGAAAAACAAUCAACAAAUGAUCAGGAUUAUUAUUGUUUCAUUGGUUAUUCAACUGUAUAUCUUUAUUAUUGGUAUUCCAGAGAAUCUCUUGAUAAUAGUCGUGCACGAAUAGCACAAUUUGUUAUUCUUCCUCCAUUUCAAAGAAAUGGUCAUGGAGGGAAAUUAUAUGAUGCAUUAUAUACAUAUAUUUUAUCAGACUCUAAAAUCCAGGAAAUUACAGUUGAGGAUCCUUCUGAUGAAUUUCAAGAUAUGAGAGACAAACAAGAUAUUAUUAGACUCAAAAUAUCCGGAGUAUUUAACGAAAAAGAAUUCAAACCUCCAAUUCCUUAUUUAUGGAUUUUAGAAACACAGAAAAAAACUAAAAUGUCAUUAAAUCAAUUUUUUAGAUGCAUAGAAAUAGCUCUUCUUGAAAGAUUAAAUAUAAGAGACGAGAAAGCAUAUAAAGAAUAUCGCCUUCAAAUCAAACAAAGGAUUUAUAAAAAAAACUUUGAAAACCUUAAUCAAUAUAAUAAAGAUGAAAUUUUGAAAAAACUAGAGGAAACAUAUAAAUCUAUAGAGAGUGAUUAUUUUCGUAUCAUCAAAUCUAUGAAAGCUCAUAAAUGUAAAGAACAAGAUAGUUCAAAUAGAACAAAAAGGAAAGAAAUAUAUGCUUGAGUCUAAUGAAUUAAAAUAAAUUUCAUCUUUUUAUGCAGUAUAAUAU